AUCAUGCUGCAGUACAGGGGCUGGGCCGGACUGGAGAAAGGAGGCGUCCGGGAGCUCCAGCUGGCGCCCCGUCCCGGGUAGUGCCUCGACAGCCGACCCCUGGGGCUGGGUGGGAGCAGAUCAUAGAGGAAGCCGUCAAGGAACAAUCCUCCGGCGAGCGAGACUAAGCCUAUCCCGGCCAGCGAGCGGUAUUUUCAAGGCUUUUCCAAAAUGGGCUUGGGGAUGCCCCUCGCCUCCGCCCCUCUCCUCCUCCUCCUCCUCGUCUCCUGCGCCCUGGGCAACAAAGCCAACAAGCACAAGCCUUGGAUUGAAGCUGAGUAUCAAGGCAUUGUCAUGGAGAAUGACAACACAGUCCUACUGAACCCUCCACUCUUUGCUCUGGACAAGGAUGCACCAUUGCGCUAUGCAGGUGAGAUAUGUGGAUUCCGGAUCCAUGGGGCAGGAGUGCCUUUUGAAGCAGUGAUCCUUGACAAAGCAACAGGCGAGGGGUUGAUCCGGGCUAAAGAGCCGGUGGAUUGUGAAGCUCAUAAAGAACACACUUUCACCAUCCAGGCCUAUGACUGUGGUGAAGGUCCUGAUGGUGCCAACACCAAGAAGUCCCACAAGGCCACAGUGCACGUGCGGGUGAACGAUGUCAACGAGUUUGCUCCGGUCUUUGUGGAUAAGCUUUAUCGUGUGGCAGUGACGGAAGGGAAGCUCUACGAUCGCAUCCUGAGGGUGGAAGCUAUUGAUGGUGACUGCUCCCCUCAGUACAGCCAGAUCUGCUACUAUGAGAUCUUGACUCCUAAUGUCCCCUUCCUGAUUGACAAUGACGGGAACAUUGAGAACACAGAGAAACUGCAGUACAGUGGCGAGCGCCUGUAUAAGUUCACAGUGACAGCGUAUGACUGUGGCAAGAAGCGAGCCUCUGAUGAUGCUGAGGUCGAAAUUCAGGUGAAGCCCACCUGUAAACCUAGUUGGCAAGGUUGGAAUAAGAGAAUUGAAUACAUUCCUGGAACAGGCAGCCUUGCUCUUUUUCCCAGCAUCCAUUUGGAGACAUGUGAUGAGCCCCUAUGGAACAUCCAAGCUACUGUAGAGUUGCAGACAAAUCAUGUGGCCAAAGGUUGUGAUCGGGACAAUUACUCUGAGAAGUCUCUGCGUAAACUCUGUGGUGCUGCUAGAGGUGAGGUAGACCUGCUGCCAGUCCCAGGUCCCAUGGCCAACUGGACAGCACGCCUUUCAGUCCAUUAUAGCCAGGACAGCAGUCUCAUCUAUUGGUUCAAUGGCAGUCAGGCAACCCAGGUGCCCAUGGGCAGUGGAACAGGAGCUCUUGAAGGACUGAGUGACCAUUUCACCUUGUCCCUGUGGAUGAAACAUGGGGUGAUGCCAAACAAGGGCAAGAAGGAGGAGGAAACUAUCAUCUGCAGCACCAUGCGGAGUGAAGAUGGGUACUCCCAUUAUUCCUUAACUGUGCACGGCUGCCGCAUAGCUUUCCUAUACUGGCCAUUGCUGGAGAGUGCGAGACCUGUCAAGUUCCUCUGGAAACUGGAGCAGGUCUGUGAUGACGAGUGGCACCAUUAUGCUCUGAAUCUGGAGUUCCCCACAGUUACCCUUUACGUGGAUGGCGUCUCCUAUGACCCUGCUCUGAUCCAUGACAAUGGCCUCGUCCACCCACCACGACGUGAAUCUUCCCUUGUGAUCGGAGCUUGUUGGGCUGAGGAGAGAAACAAGGAAAAAAUCAAAGGGAAUGAGAACUCCACUGAUUUGAGACAAGGAGACUCUCUGCCGAUCCAUCACUUCUUCCAUGGUUAUCUGGCUGGCUUCACUAUUCGCCCUGGCAGCCUUGAGAGCCGGGAGGUGAUAGAGUGUCUGUAUGCCUGUCGUGAAGGGCUGGACUACAGCGACUUUGACAGCCUUGGCAAAGGGAUGAAGGUUCAUGUCAACCCCUCUCAGUCCCUUCUGACCUUGGAGGGGGAUGAUGUGGAAACUUUCAACCGUGCAAUUCAGCACGUGGCCUAUAUGAAUUCCCUGCGCUUUGCUACACCUGGAGUCCGACCUCUCAAACUUACCACGGCUGUCAAGUGCUUUAGUGAAGAAUCCUGUGUCUCCAUAUCAGAUGUGGAAGGCUAUGUGGUUGUGCUUCAGCCAGAUGCUCCGCAGAUCUCACUGCGUGGCAGUUCUCACUUUGCCCGGCCUGCUUCUGACUUUGAAGGUGCUGAGGGAGUCCUCCUUUUUCCCGACCUCCAGAUUUCUUGCUCCAUUUCACACCAGGUGGAGGCCAAGAAAGAUGAGAGCUGGCAUGGCACAGUGGCAGAUACACGAAUGUCGGAUGAGAUUGUUCACAACCUGGAUGGUUGUGAGAUCUCCCUGAUUGGAGAAGAACUAGAUCCAGAGCGAGAAUAUCUGUUCUUGGAUGGAGCCUCCCUCCAGCAGCGAGGCCUGGAGCUCAUCAAUACUUCAGCCUACCUCACUGUAACAGGUGUGGAGAGCAUAGCUGUGUAUGAAGAGAUCCUUCAUCAGGUCUCCUAUUGUAUCCGCCGUGGGGCAGCCCUUUAUGAAAGGAAGUUCCGUCUUUCUUGCACUGAGAUGAACGGGCGUUACUCUAGCAACGAGUUCACUGUUGAGGUGAAUGUUGUUCAUAAUAUGAAUCGAGGUGCUCACCCCAACCACAUUAUGAGUGGCCAGCAAUUCACUCAUCGAGGCCACCAUCUGCCUCCAGAGCUUUCUGGGCACAGCCUGGCUAAUGUCCACCGUAAUUCCAUGGUCCCUGGUGCUGCUACUAUAAUCAUUGUGGUGUGCGUCGGCUUCCUAGCACUGAUGGUAAUCCUGGGUGUGCUGCGUAUCCAUUCCCUGCACAGGCGAGGGAGUGAACGUGAGGGCACCGGGGAGUCUGCAGGAAGCCAGGGAAAUGCCGGGGCCAAGGAGAACGAGAUGUUCUGGGAUGACUCUGCUCUCACCAUUAUUGUCAACCCCAUGGAGUCAUACCAGAGCUGCCAGGAGAGAGGAGCAGAGGCCGAUGAAUCCAAAACCAGGGAAGCAGCUGAAGAGGAAGACAGCAGUGAUUCUGAAUCACCAGACAGCCUCGCCAGUGAUGCCAUCGACGAGCGGCGUUUCGUGGGCAAGCAUGAUGCCUCUUGUCGCUACUAGAGGGAUAUAAUGGAUGGGGUAAAAGCAGACCACCACCAAAAGGUCCUGCUUAGAUUUAAUAUUUGGGGAUAAGGCCCGUUUCUACACAUUUUCUCUAUCCACAUAUUACCCCACCUUCCUCCUGUUUUCUCCACUGUUUGCACAGUGGACUGGCAAGGACACAGAGUUUCAGUGCACGAGGCAAAAGACCUAAUUGACACCUUUUCCCACUAAAUCACCAUUGGGUUCAAUCUUCAAGGAAGUUCCUUAGCCAAAGCUCACGGAACAAAUGGGAGCUCUGCGAGAGCAUUACUAUAUAUUUUGUCCUAUGUCAGCAAUUAAUUUUGCUCUGGUUCUGCUCUGCCUUUUGAAGUUACUGCUUCCCUUGGCCCAAAGUGUAUCCAUUUUGAUCCUGAUUGAAAGCAAUCGAACAGCAGGGCUCAGAAGAAGAGCCCUUCUCUCUUCCCAGAUUCCUGGUUCCUCUCAACUUGCAAACUUCUUGCUUGGAUUGGUGGGGCAGGGCCCCCUAACUCAAUUCCCAAUUUAGGAUCACCACACUUGAGAUGGAGAAAAUGAAUUGGCAUGCUAUGUAACCGAAACAGAAAUGAGAGGGAAGCAGGGAGGGACCACACAUGGGGUACAUCAGAAUUCCCAAAAUACUAUAUAUAUAAUAUAUUGUAUAUUUUUUCAAUGUUGUUGUUUGAGAUUCUUGUUUGAUGCAAAGAAACAAAAAACCCUGCAGCUUGUGUCGCUUUGUAAAAUUGUCAAUAAUAUUCAAGCAAAUGAAGGAAAAAUGAUAUGGAAAAGGGAAUGGAACAAAUUUUAAAAUAAA